ACAAGAAGAGAGUAAAAAAAAAAACAAGCGAUCAUCAGUCAUCACCGUCGCUCCUCUCGUAAAAUUAUUGUAAUUUUCCCACACUUGCGACGAUUUUACACUUUUAACGUACUCUCUCUCUCCUCUGCAUUAAUGUAUUAAAUCACAUCUGAGCCCUAAAAAUUAGGAGAAAUUUUAAUGGCGGUUACUGAAGAAGAAUCAUCGUCAUCUUCUUCGUCGUCGGCAAACUCCCGAGUUCCGCCUUCCAAUGGCGUUCACUACCUUGCUAAAUGCGUUCUCCGCAGCUCUGUUGUUCUUCAAGUCGUUCAAGGCCAUAUUCGCUCACCUUCUUCCGACGACAUCAUUUUCGGCAAGGAGACAGCUAUUGAAUUGGUAGAUAUUGGUGAUGAUGGUGUUGUGCAAUCUAUUUGUGAGCAGUCGGUAUUCGGUGUGAUAAAAGACAUGGCUAUUCUACCCUGGAAUAGGAACUUUCGUGCACAAAAGUCACAGGUGGUGGGAAAAGACCUGUUAGUUAUUAUUUCCGAUUCUGGAAAGCUUUCCUUUCUCACAUUUUGCAAUGAAAUGCACAGGUUCUUUGCAGUUACUCAUAUUCAACUUUCGAAUCCUGGCAACUCAAGACAUCAGAUUGGUAGAAUGCUUGCUGUUGAUUCCCUUGGGUGUUACAUUGCUGUCAGUGCAUAUGAAGAACGUGUGGCUCUUUUCUCUGUUUCAGCAUCUAGUGACACUGAUAUGAUUGACAAGCGAAUAACCUAUCCUCCUGAAUCCGAGGAUGAUUUGAUUGACAUAGAACUUCAGCGAACCAGUCAGUCUGUCUUAGUUAAUUCAUUGCCUGCAGAGAAAGCAGGUGACUCCCCUACAAUACCUCCGAUUUCUUAUAUAACCGGCACUAUAUGGAGUAUGUGCUUCAUUUCAAAGCAUUCAAACCAAUCGAGUAAGGAGCUUAAUCCUGUACUAGCUAUUCUUGUCAACAGGAAGGGAUCAUUUCUGAAUGAGCUGCUUCUCUUGGGAUGGGAUGUCAGAGAGAAUGCUAUCCAUGUUCUUUCUAGGUAUAUGGAUAGUGGAUCUUUUGCACAUACAAUUGCUGAAGUUCAUGGAUCUGGGGGGUUGGCAUUUCUAUUCAGGAUUGCUGAUAUCAAACUUAUGGAUCUUAGUGAUGCAUGUAACCCUCGUUGUGUGCAAAUAACAAGCCUUAGUUCCUCAAUGUGUCCGAGUAAGGAGCAGAGUUGUAUGGAAGAUCCUUUCAGGAUGCAGGAUGGUGAUGACGAGGGCUUCAUUGCUGCUCGAGCUUUGCUAGAGUUGCAGGACUAUGGUAUGGAUUUUAAUAAGUGUAAUGAUCCGAUGAGCAUUGAUGCAGAUAUGUGCAUUGUUAAAUCUGUGCCUAAGUAUGUGUGCUCAUGGAGUUGGGAACCAGCAACAGAAUUGUAUCCAAGGAUGAUAAUAUCUGCGGACACUGGGGAGUAUUUUUUAAUUGAAUUAAGUUUCGGCCCAGAUGGUCCUAAGAUCAGUUUAUCUGAUUGCCUUUAUUGUGGUGUCCCCAGUAAAGCAUUAUUAUGGACCAAAGGUUCCUUCUUGGCAGCAAUUUUGGAGACGGGGGAUGGCAUGGUCCUAAAAUUGGAAGACGGAAAGCUGGAUUAUUUUAAUCCUAUUCAAAAUAUUGCACCCAUCCUGGAUAUGUCAGUCAUGGAUUACCAUGAUGAAAAACAUGAUCAAAUGUUUGCUUGUUGCGGAGUGGCUCCUGAAGGGUCAUUGAGGAUAAUCAGAAAUGGUGUAAGUCUGGAAAGGUUAGUUAGGACAGCUCCUAUAUAUCAAGGAAUAACUGGUAUAUGGACUGUUAAGAUGAGUAUAAGUGAUUCUAGUCAUUCAUUUCUCGUGCUUGCUUUUGUUGAAGAAACCAGGGUGCUGUCAGUUGGCGUAAGCUUCACUGAUGUAACAGACUCAGUUGGUUUUCAGCCUGAUGUCUGUACAUUAGCAUGUGGUCUUGUUGUUGAUCGUGUGUUGGUUCAGAUUGAUCAAAGUUCUGUAAGACUUUGCUUGCCCACUUCAGUUGCUCAUCCUGAUGGUAUUCCGAUGUCUUCCCCAGCAUCUACUUCGUGGUCUCCUGAUAAUAUUGGCAUUAGCCUGGGUUCAGUUGGACACAACUUGAUCAUUGUGGCUACUGCAAAUCCUUGUUUCCUUAUAAUUCUUGGUGUUAGAUUGCUCUCAUUGUAUGACUAUGAAGUAUAUGAGAUGCAACAUGUUAGACUUCAUAGUGAAUUGUCUUGCAUAUCUAUUCCUCAAAUGCAUAAUAUCGGAAAAGAAAAUGCCCCUGUUCCAACUGGAUUUGAUAUUGGUGAUACAUUUGUGAUUGGUACACACAAGCCAUCAGUUGAAAUUCUAUCUUAUGUACAUGGUCAAGGCAUACGAGUUCUUGCCACUGGAAUGAUAACACUGACAAAUACAAUUGGUAUUGCUGUCAGUGGCUGUAUUCCUCAGGAUGUAAGGCUUGUGCUGGUUGAUAGGCUAUAUAUUCUCUCUGGAUUAAGAAACGGAAUGUUGUUACGCUUUGAAUGGCCUACAACAUCCUGGUUAUCCGACUUACCCAGUUGUAGGACUUCUUUGUUUUCAGAAUCUGAAUUGUUGAAGACAUCAUCUCCAGCCAUUAUUGGUCCCCAGCUUAAUGGUGUCAACACUUAUGAAAAACCAAAGGACAAUGAUCCUGUUCAUCUUCAAUUGAUUGCCGCUCGUCGGCUUGGUAUUACUCCUGUGUUCCUUGUUCCUCUCAGUGAGUCGUUGGAUGCUGACGUUAUUGCUCUCAGUGACAGGCCCUGGCUAGUCCAGGCUGCCAGGCACAGCCUCUCAUACAUUUCAAUCUCGUUUGAACCUUCAACUUAUGUGACUCCUGUGUGUUCAGCUGAAUGUCCGAUGGGACUUCUAUUUGUAGCGCAGAAUUGCCUACAUCUGGUGGAAAUGGUGCACAGUAAGAGGCUUAAUGUGCAAAAGUUUUAUCUUGGUGGCACUCCACGGAAGGUCCUGUAUCAUAGUGAGAGCAGGUUGUUGCUGAUUUUGAGAACUGAGUUGGAUAAUGACUUAUUUUCUUCUGAUAUUUGCUGUGUGGAUCCCCUUAGUGGCAUUUUGGUGUCGUCAUUUAAUUUUGACGUGGGUGAAACUGGAAAAUGCAUGGAGUUUGUGCGGGUUGGGAAUGAUCAGAUAUUGUUGGCUGGAACGAGUUUAUCUUCUGGGCCAGCUACUAUGUCUAGUGGAGAAGCUGAAAGCACAAAGGGCCGUUUAAUUAUGCUCCGCCUUGAGCACUUGCACAAUUCGGAUACUGGGUCAAUCACAAUACAUUCAACAGCGGGUUCAUCUAUGCAACAAGCGGCAUUUUGUGAGGCUACUGGGUACGCUGCUGAAAGAAUGUCCAAUAGUAGCCAUUGCAGCAGCCCAGAUGAUAAUAGCUGUGACGAAGUAAAGCUUGAAGAUUCUGAAACUUGGCAGAUACAAUUUCUUAAUGCAAUAACUUGGCCUGGAGUGGUACUUGCAAUUUGUCCUUACCUUGAUCAUUAUUUCUUGGCUUCUUCUGGCAAUGCUUUCUAUGUAUGUGGCUUUCAAAAUGAUAAUCCUAAGAGAAUCAAACGUUAUGCUGUUGAAAGGACGCGGUUUAUGAUAUUCUCAUUGACAGCCUACUUUACAAGAAUUGCUGUUGGUGAUUGCCGUGAUGGGGUGCUUUUUUAUUCUUAUCAUGAGGACGCAAAGAAACUCGAACAGAUUUAUUGUGAUCCUGGUCAGAGGCUAGUCGCUGAUUGUCUACUUACUAAUCUCAACACUGCCUUUGUUUCGGAUCGUAAGGGAAGCAUAGCUGUCCUGACAUCCUCAACCCAUUUGGAAGAUAAUGCAAGUCCUGAAUGCAACCUAACAGUGAGCUGUUCGUAUUAUCUAGGCGAGAUAGCAAUGAGCAUCAAGAAGGGGUCAUUCUCUUAUAAAAUGUCCGCUGAAGAUGGUCUAAAAGGGUGUGAUGGCGAUAAUAAAGUUAUUGACAUGUCGCGCAAUAGUAUAAUGGCUGGGACUUUACUUGGAAGCAUUGUAAUGUUCAUCCCUAUAUCCAGGGAGGAAUAUGAGCUGUUAAAACCUGUACAAGCCAGACUUGCAGUUCAUCCUUUGACUGCUCCUAUUCUUGGUAACAACCACAGUGAGUUCCGUAGUCGUGAGAGCAAGCAGGCUGUGGUGCCUAUGAUUCUUGAUGGAGAUAUGUUAGCCCAGUUUUUGGAGCUUACAAGCAUCCAACAAGAAGCUGUGUUGGGACUACCUUGUGCAACUGCUGAAGUGUCGUCAAGUUCCAGGUCACCUCAUUCACCUGUAUCAGUCAACCAGGUGGUACAACUCCUUGAACGAGUUCAUUAUGUACUAAAUUGAAUAUCUUGUCAUCUGCAUAUUCGUGAGGUGUCUGUAGAAAAUCAAUCCGCUGAGUUGCUCCAGCUUUUGUAUAUAUGAGGUCUGCAUUGCAUCCUAUCUUGGUCAAAAAUUGCAGUGCUGAAAUAUUCGUGGCAAGAUUUUGGAAGUUGAAGACAAGUUCUGACUUUUUUGUCAAACGAAAAGACAAGUUCUAAACUUAGAUGGUCUAGCUUUGUGGUGAUUUUCGGGAGCUGCUGUUGGAUGUUGAUUCUCCUUGGAGCUCUGCAUUUGAAGACAAUUCUGAAUGUUAUGGUAUAGUGUGUGACGUCGUCCUGCAGUGGUUUCCUCUGAGUUCUGAUUUUUCGGUUGAUAUGACGACAGCAUGCACUGUUCUCAGUGAACCAGUGGUUACCUCUGAGUAUCUGACUUUUCGGUUGAUAUGAUGGCAGCAUAUACCAUUUUGGCAUUUUCAGUGAACCUUUUCAUGAUUAAAUUGGCAAUAAUCCGACGAAAGAAAGUCCUGGAGAGACUUUUGGUGUACCAUAUUUGCCGACUGAUUGAACGGAGUAGCAUGUGGUAAUAUGAUAUAUAUCACCCUAGGAAUUUGUGUACAAAAUGUGUAAAGAUGAGAAAUAUUGUCACAGUUUGGUGAAUAAAAUGGUGACACUUUUUAGUCUGCUAAA